GAUGCUCAGACACUCUGCCUGAAGUAAAGAAGCACCAUGACCUCGAAUUUAUUCAUCAUCUUAGUCUCUAUUCUUCUAAGCAAAGGGAACGCCUUGGAAAACGGCAUCAGAGCACCGGGAGCCACUGCCAUGGGAGAUGUAGUCAUCGGAGGAAUAUUCUCCAUCCAUCGCCGCGUGAACAGAAAGGAAGAUUUAUUUGCUCCUCAGGAAUAUUCAUGUCUCGAAUUGAAAGACGGCAGCAUAGGACUGGUUCUGUCUAUGAUCAACGCCAUCGAGGUGGUGAAUAAAUCCCCUUUACUGAGAGAUGUUAACCUCACACUGGGCUAUCGGAUCCAUGACUCCUGCAGAGACGUCAGCACAGGUCUCAAGGCCACGGCUGACUUGGUCCAGCAGGCCGAGUGUGCCCCCACAUGCCAGCAGCCGGUCGUUGCCGUCAUCGGCGCUGCUUUUUCCGAAAUGUCCAUCGCCGUUGCCAGGCAACUGAGCAUCGACAUGAUUCCUCAAAUAAGCUAUUCAUCAUCAGCGAUGUCGUUGGGUAACAAGCACAGAUUCCCAAGCUUCAUGAGGACGAUUCCUGGCGACGAGCACCAGACAGCUGCCAUGGUCAGGCUUAUCAGCCGCAACGGUUGGAACUGGGUGGGAAUGAUCAUCUCGGAUGGCGAUUACGGCCGCUCAGCGCUCGAGUCCUUUGCAUCCAAAGCGUCGGACAAUGGGAUCUGUUUAGCAUUCAAAACCAUCAUUCCCCAUAAAGAUGGGGCUGAGGACUCUGCUAUCGAACAAGCUGCCCGAACCAUCUCCCAAAAUCAAAAGGCAAAGGUGAUUGUGUCCUUUGCAAAAUCUACACACAUGGAAAAGCUCUUCGAGGAGCUGAGGAAGGAGAUGGAGAAGAGCGGUCAAGGUGUCAAGAAUAUGAGAAGAGUGUGGAUUGCAAGCGAUAGUUGGUCCUCCUUGCGGGAUGUUUCAGACCUUGAAGACAUCGGAGACGUUGUGGGCUUCAACUUCAAAACUGGAGAUACCUCAUCUUUCAACGAGUACCUAAGCCGGCUGGAGACGAGCGGUUACGACAGCACACAGAAUAACACCUUCUUGGAAAAACUCUUCAAGCAGACAAAUACAAGUGGAGUCUCUGGAAACACAGACCUGGCGUCUGAAGUUGUGAAGAACAUCAAAGAAAAAACUAACACAGCUUUAAUCUUGAGUGUGGAGAUGGCUGUGAGUGCCAUUGCUGAAGCUGUGGCCUCCAUCUGCAGCAGCAAACACUGCAAGACUCCUGGGACCUUGCAACCCUGGGAGGUACUGGAAGCUCUUCGGAAGAAUACAUUUGAACAUCAGGGGAAGACAUAUGCGUUUGACAGGCGGGGGGACAUAAUAGAGGGUUACGAUAUCUCCAUGGGGCCCUCUUUCGGGGGCAAAGAGCACGCAAAUGACAUUGUGGCUACAUACGUCCCACACGACAACAUCUUCUUCCUAACCAACAGCAGCAGCAACAACACCAAACGUUUUGUGGAUUUGAAGCUAAUCGUCUCCAAAUGUAGCAACAGCUGCGUCCCUGGGGAGUACAAAAAAACAUCCGAUGGUCAACACACGUGUUGUUAUGAAUGCGUGAACUGUACUGAGAAUUACUACUCCAACGACACAGAUAUGGACCAGUGUCUGAGCUGUGAUAACAAAUUCGAGUGGUCUCCAAGGGGCAGUUUCAGCUGCUUGCCCAAAAAGAUGGUCUACUUUUCGUGGCACGACCGCUUUGCCGCGGUUCUCCUGGCCUUCUGCGCCCUAGGCAUCCUGCUGGUUCUGAUGGUGUCAGUUCUAUUUCUACAUCAGCGAGACACACCUGUGGUGAAGGCUGCCGGAGGACUGCUGAGCAUAGUCAUUCUCUUGUCUCUGAGUGUCAGUUUCAUCAGUGCUUUGCUGUUUGUGGGCAAACCCAGCCACCUCCAGUGUAAAGUGCGACAAGUGCUCUUCGGCAUCAGCUUUACGUUGUGCGUGUCUUGCAUCCUGGUCAAAUCCCUGAAGAUUCUUCUGGCAUUUCAGUUGAAUAUAAAAAUUCAGGGCGCUCUGCAGAAGGUCUACCAGUCCGUCUUAAUUAUCGUCGGGUGCGUAGCUUUACAGGCAGUUAUUUGCACCUGUUGGCUGGUCCUCAAAAGCCCUGUCAGUCAUGUCACCUUGCAACCCAAAACAAUGUUGGAAGACUGUUAUGAAGGGUCAUAUUUGGCUUUUGGGGUGAUGCUGGGGUAUAUCGCUCUUUUGGCAUUUGUUUGCUUCAUUUGCGCAUUCAUCGGCCGUAAAUUACCACAGGGCUACAACGAGGCCAAAUUCAUCACCUUCAGCAUGCUGCUGUACCUCAUUUCAUGGCUGCUCUUUGUUCCCAUUUAUGUCACAACAUCUGGAAUGUAUCUUCCAGCUGUGGAAAUGGUGGUUAUCCUCAUGUCCAACUAUGGCAUAUUAGGCUGUCAUUUCCUCCCUAAGUGCUACAUAAUGCUCUUCAGGAAAGAUCAAAAUACCAGUAGCGCUUUCAGGGAAAAGCUGUACCAGUAUAACAUCAGAAGUACAGAUUCCAUUUCUGUGUCUGGAAGUUCAAAGAAAACAAUCAGCAGUCAGGAGAGUGUCAGUCCUUCCUCGUCCUUCUCAUUGCCCAUAGAUGCUGACAUUAAAACUGCUUUGGAGAGAAGUCAUAGCAAGAUGGACUUUAACCAAGUGUCCUACAGAGGUCCAAUCAAAAGAUUUGGUUACAACAGAAGAAGCAUCAGCAUGUAGACUGCCAUUAACUAAAAUGAUCUAUCUUGGCUGUUAUAUUGGCACCUUUGCGGUCUCACAGUAGAUCCUGUCCUCCAUAGUGCCUCACGGAUAGGUGCGCGAGACGGGUAUGACACGCUUUCGACAAAAUGUAUAGAUGCAGGUCCACGCUCGGGUGAAGUUCCCGUUUAUCUAUCAAGACAUUCCAACACAAACAUGAUACAUUGUGUGUAUGUGACGCUGCUGGAAAAAAACCCGAUGUCAGAGACGUGCGCCUAGCAAAGGAGUGAGCGAGCGGUAAAAACCGACGCUACCUGAUUUCCUAAGAAGGAAGGCUUUUCUGUCCCUCGUGGCGUCCUGAUAUGAGACAUGACAAACAUAUGCAGCUCCUCUAUUGGAACAUUUUUUGUCCAAAAACCUGAAAAGGAAUGGUGGGUGUGGGUACACUGUACAUUGGGUCACAUUACUUGUACUUACACAAAUGCAUAAUAAACUAUUUUCAAGUGUUUUUGGAAAGGUUCAAACUCAAUGAAAUAAAAACAA